AUGACCGUGAUCUACGGGAGGUCAAUCGGCCGCGCUCUGCCCAGGCUGGGCGCUCUUCGUUCCGUUCUCUCAUGCUCUCGUUUUGGGGAUGAUAUUCGAUACCUCAGCAUCACAGCCCAUAGAUACGCCAACAGCGAUGCCAAACUGGACUUGCCAGCUUUGGAUCAGAAAUGGCGGCAGAGAUGGGCAGCUUUGAAGAGCACCAAGACCAGCGACGGAGCUGAAAAGAAAUAUGUCCUUCCCAUGUUUCCAUAUCCUUCGGGGUAUUUACAUCUGGGGCACCUCCGCGUCUACACCAUUGCCGAUGUUGUCGCCAGGUUUCACUCCCUUCGAGGACAUGAUGUCUUGCUACCAAUGGGAUGGGAUGCCUUUGGACUUCCGGCCGAAAAUGCCGCUAUCGAGAGAGGCAUUGACCCGGCCACCUGGACCAAGUCCAACAUUGCCAAGAUGAAGGAACAGCUCGACGUCAUGAAUGGAUCCUGGGACUGGUCUCGCGAACUGGCAACCUGUGACCCAAGCUUCUACAAACACACCCAAAAAAUCUUCCUCCUCCUCCGCGAGCAAGGCCUAGCCUACCAAGACGAAGCAGAAGUCAACUACGACCCCGUCGACAAAACUGUCCUCGCUAACGAGCAAGUCGACGCCAACGGCUGCUCCUGGCGUUCCGGCGCCAAAGUCGAAAAGCGGAAACUAAAACAAUGGUUCCUCCGCAUCUCCCAAUUCAGAGACUCCCUCCUCCAAGACCUCGAAAUCCUCAGCAAAGACAACAACUGGCCCGAGCGAGUCCUAACCAUGCAAAAGAACUGGCUAGGCAAAUCCACCGGCGCAACCAUCAAGUUCCCCCUCAUGGCCUUUGAGCACAUCACCCACUCCGCCAUCGAGGUCUUCACCUCCCGCCCCGACACCCUCUUCGGAGUCCAGUACCUCGCCCUCGCCUCCACCCACCCAGUCGUAGCCCAGCUAGCAGCCAAAGACCCAGAACUGCAAGCGUUUCUAGAUAUCCUCCCCGGUUUACCCCCCGACUCCAAAGUCGGCUACCUCCUCCCCCACAUCCGCGCGGUAAACCCCCUAGCCUAUCACGACGAGACCCCCGAAGCGACAAAGAGGUCUGUCCCCAUCUACGUCGCCCCCUACGUCCUAGGUGACUACGGCGAGGGCGCCGUCAUGGGCGUCCCCGCCCACGAUAUCAGGGAUCACUCGUUUUGGAAAACGCACCACAAAGACGAGCCAGUCCGGUUCGUCCUUGCCGCGUCGGAGGAUGAGUCCACCACCGCCAUGCCAAACGAGCCUUUUAUCGACCACGGCGUUAUGACCGCCCACAGUGGUCUCUUCAAGGGUCGUUCCUCUCAGGAAGCAGGUGAGAUGAUCGUGCGUAUUCUUGAAGAGGCUGAACUGGCUAAGCCGGUGGAGAAGUGGCGGUUGAGGGAUUGGUUGGUCAGCAGGCAGAGGUACUGGGGGACGCCGAUCCCGAUUAUUCACUGCGGUUCUUGCGGUGCGGUGCCCGUUCCGGAGGAGGAGCUACCGGUAGAGUUGCCAGAGGUGGAUGAGCACUGGGCUGGAAAAAAGACGGGUAACCCGCUUGAGACGCUGGAAGAGUGGGUGAAUACGUCUUGUCCUCAAUGCCACGGCCCGGCGAGGAGGGAUACGGACACGAUGGAUACGUUUGUUGAUUCGAGCUGGUAUUUUGCGAGGUUUAUCGACCCCCACAACGAUGAGGUGCCGUUUUCGAGGGAAAAGGCAAGGAAGAUGCUGCCUGUUGAUCUCUACAUUGGCGGGAUUGAGCACGCCAUCUUGCACCUUUUGUACUCGAGGUUUAUUUACAAGUUUCUCAUGGGUUCGACGCUGGUUGGGGAGACGGAAGGGGUGCAGGAGCCGUUCAAGCGGUUGAUUACACAGGGGAUGGUGCACGGCAAGACGUACACUGACCCUGCCACGGGGAAAUUCCUCAAGCCUGACGAGGUUGAUCUCACUGAUCCGGCCAGACCGAGGGUUGUGAGGACGGGGGAGGUGGCGGGGGUGAGUUAUGAGAAGAUGUCCAAGAGCAAGUACAAUGGUGUUGAUCCUACCGAUGUGAUCAACUUGCACGGCGCAGAUGCGACAAGGGCGCACAUGCUUUUCCAGGCGCCGGUUAGUGAGGUGCUGGAUUGGGAUGGGGACAAGAUUGUGGGGGUUACGAGGUGGUUGGGGAGGGUUUGGGAGCUUGUUCAGCGGGUUUCGACUAUCUCAUCAUCGGCCUCGGUGAGGGAGUUUUUUGAGCAAGAAGCGGCUAGAUUGGGAACGAUGAAGGAAAAGGAACUCCAACAGUGGGAUAAAGCUGCGAGGGUGUGGAGGGAGGUGCAAAAGACUGUUGAGAGUGUCACGGGGUCGUACGAAAAGGUUUACGCGCUGAACACGGUGGUGUCGGAUUUGAUGAUUUUGACGAAUGUGAUUGUCGAGGAGGAGAAGGGUGUGCCGGAUGGGGUGAAGAGGGAGGCGGUGGAGGGGUUAGUGAGGAUGAUGGCACCGAUUACGCCUGCUUUUGCGGAGGAGUGCUGGGCUGUUCUUCAUCCUGGUGAGACGUCGAUUUUUAAGAGUGAGAAGGGGAGGUUUCCGGUCGCGGAUGGGACGGUGGAUUUGCUGCAGCCGAGGAAGCAGGUUUGUGCGGUGCAGGUGAAUGGGAGGUUGAAGUUUGCGGCCGAGAUUGCGGUGCCGCCUGAGGGGUUGGGAGAGGAGGAGAGGAGGGAGUGGGUUGUUGGGGAGGUCCUGAAGACGGAGGAGGGGAGGAAGAAGUUUGAGGGUGUUGAUGUUGGAAAAGCAAAGAAGGUGGUGGUGGUCAAGGGUGGGAAGUUGGUGAACUUUGUCAUGUGA